GGGGACGGGCUACAAAUACCCCGGCCACGUGACGCCACCGGAUGCAAACCUAUUUAUAUUCUCUCCUUAAUUCCCCAUCUCUCUCGUCCGCCUCCCUCCUCCUCUUCCCCCCCUCUUCUUCCCCAACUCGCCGCCGUCCUGCCCGCCUCCACCCUUUCGCCUCCUCGUUCCCCGCACCCAAACCCUAAUCCUAGCCGCCGCUGCCGCUGCCGCUGCCGCCGCCAUGGCCAGCAGCAACGUCUCCACGGUCUAUAUCUCCGUCAUCGACGACGUCAUCUCCAAGGUCCGCGACGACUUCAUCUCGUACGGCGUCGGCGACGCUGUCCUCAACGAGCUCCAGGCGCUCUGGGAGAUGAAGAUGCUGCACUGCGGCGCAAUCUCCGGGACCAUCGACCGCUCCAAGGCGGCUCCCGCGCCGUCCGCAGGCACCCCCGGCGCUGGAACCACCCCGCCGGUACACGACCUAAACGUGCCCUACGAGGCCACCUCGGAGGAGUACGCCACCCCCACAGCGGACAUGCUGUUCCCCCCGACGCCGCUACAAACCCCGAUCCAGACCCCUCUUCCAGGAACAGAUGCAGGGAUGUACAACAUUCCCACUGGGCCUUCAGACUAUGCCCCUUCCCCGAUCAGUGACGUGAGGAAUGGCAUGGCCAUGAAUGGAGCUGAUCCAAAGACUGGUCGCCCGAGUCCCUACAUGCCUCCACCCUCUCCCUGGAUGACUCAGAGGCCGCUGGGCGUUGAUGUGAAUGUCGCUUAUGUGGAGAACCGUGAGGACCCAGAUAGGACCGGACAGCCUCCGCAACUAACUAAGGAUUUUCUAAUGAUGUCCUCUGGGAAACGCAAGAGGGAUGAAUAUCCUGGUCAGCUCCCUUCUGGUUCUUUUGUGCCACAACAAGAUGGAAGUGCAGAUCAGAUAGUUGAAUUUGUUGUCUCAAAGGACAACGCACAACAACUUUGGAGUUCCAUUGUGAACAAGCAAGGAACAGCAACAAAAGAAUCUUCCACAAAGGAAACAAUAAUUGCUCCAACGAUUCCUCAACGGGAUGGGAUGGAUGACUAUAAUGAUCCAUUUUACUUCCAAGGAGUUCCAACUGAGGAUUACAAUACCCCUGGAGAAUCGUCGGAAUACCGAGCUCCCACACCGGCUGUUGGAACACCAAAACCGAGAAAUGAUGUAGGCGAUGAUGAUGAGCCUCCGCUUAAUGAAGAUGACGAUGAUGAUGAUGAGUUAGAUGACCUUGAGCAAGGGGAGGAUGAGCCUAACACACAGCACCUUGUCCUCGCACAGUUUGACAAAGUGACAAGGACAAAGAACCGCUGGAAAUGCACUUUGAAGGAUGGAAUCAUGCAUUUAAAUGGCCGAGAUGUUCUAUUCAACAAGGCUACCGGCGAAUUUGAUUUUUGAAUUUUGUGACAAAGAGGAGCUAUUUUAGAAGCUGCUGUAUCGACAUAUCUUUGUCUUUGACAUAAGAGUGGGGAAUGACAAAAGCACUGGUGGGGGGUGGGUUUGUUCCUGUGGAGGCUUUGCUCUACCCAGUGGGUUUGUUACCGUAACUGUUAUCGCUGUAAAAAAAAAUGCUACAGUUGGGACUGUUGUAGACAUUUUCCUGAGAUGGUUAUCUUAAAGUUGGCGGAGGAUUACCUUGUCUGAUUUGUGUUAUCUGUUUCAAUUUCUGUAAGAUGGUUUAAAGAAGUAAAUUUUCUGUUACCGCAACAUAGCCAAA